AAUGUCGCUCAGUGACCUAGUAUUAAAUAAAGCGACGGUUAUGUAGAUAGGAGGUAACGUUAGCGGCGGAUUAUAGCAUCGGUUUGGCCAUUUUAAAAACUGCCAAUACAUUCAGGAAGACUUGACAGCGUCGAAAAUCUUCUAAAAAAACCAAUCAUUCAUCCCGCAGUGAAUUAUUUUUGUUUAAUAUUCCGGAUCAUGCUGAAAUCAGAAGGAAAACGCAUAGCAGAAAAUCAUCAUUUGCCUUGAGCAGCGCUGCAGUGCGAUCUCUGCCUCUCUGUCCGAUUGGAUUUCAUCAGCAGAUCGAUCUACAAUAGCACACCGCAUUGGGCUUUAGCUGGGAUAUAUUCUCUCUUGUCGCGGUUUAGCACAUCGGUUUGGUGUAACGGAAGUUAUUGGUUUGCAGAGGACUGAAUUACAGUUAAACUGGGAUGGACAAUGCCCAUACAAAGACGGUUGAGGAGGUGCUGGGAUAUUUCGGUGUCAACGAGACAACGGGGCUGAGCUCUGAGCAAUUAAGGAAGAGCAGAGAAAGAUGGGGCCCCAAUGAGUUACCUGCAGAAGAAGGUAAGUCACUAUGGGAACUUGUUCUGGAGCAGUUUGAGGAUCUGCUAGUUCGAAUUCUCCUCCUUGCCGCCUGUAUUUCCUUUACUCUGGCCUGGUUUGAGGAAGGUGAAGGAACAAUCACAGCCUUCGUAGAGCCAUUUGUCAUCCUCCUCAUUCUUAUUGCCAAUGCCAUUGUAGGAGUGUGGCAGGAGCGUAAUGCAGAAAAUGCCAUCGAAGCCCUAAAACAAUAUGAGCCUGAAAUGGGGAAGGUGUACAGACAGGACAGGAAGAGUGUACAGCGGGUCAGAGCCAGGGACAUUGUGCCUGGAGACAUUGUGGAGGUGGCUGUUGGUGAUAAAGUCCCAUCAGACAUCCGACUGACCUCCAUACGCUCUACAACUCUGAGAGUGGACCAGUCCAUCCUGACGGGGGAGUCUGUAUCCGUCCUGAAACACACAGACCCAGUGCCUGACCCCCGUGCCGUCAACCAGGAUAAGAAAAACAUGCUGUUUUCUGGGACGAACAUUGCAGCGGGGCGAGCGAUAGGUGUUGUAGUGGCCACAGGUGUGCACACAGAGAUCGGGAAGAUCAGAGAUGAGAUGGCAGCCACCGAUCCAGAGAGAACCCCUCUGCAGCAGAAACUAGACCAGUUUGGAGAACAACUCUCUAAGGUGAUCACAGUGAUCUGUGUGGCGGUUUGGGGUAUUAACAUCGGUCACUUUAGUGAUCCAGUGCAUGGAGGCAGCUGGCUGCGUGGAGCUGUGUACUACUUUAAGAUUGCAGUGGCUCUGGCUGUAGCCGCCAUCCCUGAGGGUCUUCCUGCUGUCAUUACCACUUGCCUGGCGCUUGGCACACGCCGCAUGGCCCGCAAAAAUGCUAUAGUCCGUUCCCUCCCAUCUGUAGAGACACUUGGCUGUACCUCCGUCAUCUGCUCUGACAAAACAGGCACUCUCACAACCAACCAGAUGUCUGUCUGCAGGUUGUCUAUUGUGGACACCGUCGCAGGUGAGAGGUGUUUACUGAACGAAUUUACAGUAACUGGAUCUACUUACGCCCCUGAAGGAGAAGUGUAUAAGGACGGUGUAAUGGUACGCUGUAGUCAGUAUGAAGGGCUGGUGGAAAUGGCCUCUAUCUGUGCCCUGUGUAACGACUCUUCGCUGGAUUUCAACGAGAGUAAAGGUGUGUAUGAGAAAGUGGGAGAAGCGACUGAGACGGCUCUCUGUUGUCUGGUGGAGAAGAUGAACGUGUUUGACACAGACCUGAGAGGCCUCUCGCCUCCUGAAAGAGCCACCGCCUGCUGCUCAGUCAUAAAGCAGUUAAUGAGGAAAGAGCUGACUCUGGAGUUUUCUCGAGACAGGAAGUCCAUGUCUGUUUUCUGCUCUCCAAACAAACUCACUCGCUCUGCUUCAGGUGCCAAGAUGUUUGUCAAGGGGGCGCCAGAGAGCGUGCUGGAGCGUUGCCGCUGGAUACGAGUAGGAGGUGGUACACGGGUACCGCUGACCUCUGACCUAAGGGAGCAGCUCUUAAGCACAGUAAGAGAGUGGGGCUCGGGACGUGAUACACUUCGCUGUCUUGCCAUGGCAACUAGAGAUUCACCCCCUGACCCUCGAACCCUGAACUUAGAGAACACUGCCACCUUCACAGAAUAUGAGUCGGACUUGACAUUCGUAGGCUGUGUGGGAAUGUUAGAUCCACCGAGGAAGGAGGUACUGAAUGCAGUGCGUAUGUGCAGACAGGCUGGUAUACGGGUCAUUAUGAUCACAGGUGACAAUAAGGGCACUGCCCUGUCUAUCUGUCGUCGAGUGGGCAUCAUUACUGAACAGGAGGAAGAGGAGGCUGAAGGUGGGCCGUUUGGCAGCGGCCUCACAGGACGGGAGUUUGAUGAGUUGCCUCCCCACCUGCAGCGACAGGCCUGCCGCACCACUCGCUGUUUCGCCCGCGUCGAGCCAACGCACAAGAGCCGCAUUGUAGAAUAUUUGCAAAGCCUCAGUGAUAUCACAGCGAUGACGGGUGAUGGUGUGAAUGAUGCCCCAGCUUUGAAGAAGGCUGAGAUUGGCAUUGCUAUGGGCUCAGGCACGGCUGUGGCUAAAUCUGCUUCAGAGAUGAUCUUGGCAGACGAUAACUUUUCAACCAUCGUAGCUGCAGUGGAGGAGGGCCGAGCCAUUUACAACAACAUGAAACAGUUCAUCCGUUACCUCAUUUCUUCUAACAUUGGAGAGGUAGUCUGUAUUUUCCUCACCGCUGCUUUGGGAAUGCCUGAGGCUCUGAUCCCAGUCCAGUUGCUGUGGGUCAAUCUGGUGACGGAUGGUUUCCCAGCUACUGCUCUCGGCUUCAACCCUCCUGACCUGGACAUCAUGUCCAGACCCCCGCGCUCACCUAAAGAACCACUCAUUUCGGGUUGGCUCUUCUGCAGAUACCUCAUCAUCGGCUGUUAUGUAGGGGCAGCAACAGUUGGAGCUGCUGCCUGGUGGUUCAUGGCAGCUCAUGAUGGACCAAAGCUCACUUACUACCAGCUGUCUCACUAUUUGCAGUGCAGGGAAGGUCAUGCUGAGUUUGCAGGAGUGCAGUGCUCAGUGUUCGAGUCUCCAUACCCCAUGACUAUGGCGCUGUCUGUGCUGGUCACUAUAGAGAUGUGCAAUGCCCUCAACAGUUUGUCAGAAAAUCAAUCUCUACUCAAAAUGCCUCCAUGGUCAAACCCCUGGCUGGUGGGAGCCAUCUGUCUCUCCAUGGCCCUGCACUUCCUCAUCUUAUAUGUGGACCCUCUUCCUGUCAUAUUUCAGAUCCGGCCGUUGUCUUGGCCCCAGUGGGUGACUGUUCUCAAGAUGUCUCUGCCUGUUAUUUUGAUGGAUGAAGCCCUGAAGUUCUUGGCCAGAAACUACAUUGAGCCUGGCAGCGAUCUGCAGCUGGAGGAGGAUGAAAACACAGCCAGCGGAGUGAUUGGCAAGCUGCAACGGGCAUUUAGGGGUGUGUCCUGGUCAUUUGUGCUCAUCUCUGGCCCAUUGCUGGUCUGGAUCUUCAGCCUGGACUCAGACAUUACCAACAUCUUCUGGGAUUAGACAGGAGGAGCAUGUGUGUGAGUGUGUGUGAGUAUGUCUGAGUCAGAGAGAGAGGCAGACAGAAACGUGGUUGAUGAACAGAAGCAGUGCAAACAUCCAAUGUAGAACGAAUUUGGUGCUCGGUGUGAAAACAGAGAGGUAUGAGUGAAAUCUAGAGCAAGACCAGGACAAUCACAGAUAAAGGAAUGCUGGGAAAUGCUAGGGACAGAUAGAGGAAGGGAAAUUGAAUUCUUAUAAAAUGGCAAGUUUUAUGCUCAUGACCACCUUCUUCAGCUUAUCUCUGCGUCACUAAUUUUGCAUUGUUCUUCAGGUGUUUUUUUUUAUUAUUAUUAUUUGUCAUUAUUAUUAUUAUUAUUUUUAUUUUUUUUAUUUUUAAAUAUACAUGUAUUCGUUUUAGCCUGAAAUUGUAAUAAAAUUUUAGUUUUAUAAAAUGUUGCUUUUUAAAGGCUAUGUGUGUAAUUUCUGUAUUACUAAGUGACACCAAAUGCCUUAUAUUUGUUUAAGGAGCCUGACCAGGUGAGACAUAACAACGUUGGCUCAUCCAUUGGAAUGAAUUUUGUGGGACUAUCAUUUUAACUGACCCAUGAAAGACAGUGGAAAUGUUUGGUACCGCUAUUGGCACAGAAAUGACACACUUCCCUUUUAAGCAAUGUAGCUGUAACACCCCAAAAGCACUGCAAUUGUCUGUCAAAGACUCGUUUUACUACAUACUGUCACAUCCCUGAUUUAAUUCUUUUUCAUGUAUAUGUCUUAUUUGUAACGAAGGCUAAUUUUGUUGGACCCUAAAACAUUUUAAUUCAAUGUUUAGGGGUGUUGCCCCCCAGAGGUUAAAAAAUAGUUUUUUAACUUCUGGGGGGAAUAAUACCAAGUUCCGUUAAUUAUCUGUUUGAUGUUACCUCGCUUGCUUGGGAUAAAACACACUUCUUUUUUUUUUUUUGGUAGCAGAAUACAACACUCUUAUGUUUUCAGGCAUUUUCUUUUUAUUUGUUUGGUACCCAGUCACAAUGUCAAUCAUCUCUAUUUUGUCGUGCCAUUUAUUUAAAUUUCCUCAGAUUCCCACAGUCAUAUGACUGCAAAAAGCAAAAUAUUUCAGCAUUUACCCGGAACGCUUCUUUGUAACUGUAACUAUUUUUGAACACUGUCACUCUGUUAUAUUCAGCAAUGCUUCAGAUUUUAAAUUAUGAAAUACUAUUUACAUUAUUCAAACCGUGUGGCUUAUGAUCUUUUAUUCGGGUAUGCCAGCUAAACUGUGCUUCAUUAAAACUCUCUAUACAAGUCACACGCUUGCAGUCACGUCUCUCAUUCCCUUUUUUGUGGGGCUGGGGUUUUGGAACUCACAUGCUCAUGUUGAAUCAUUACUUUCAAAAUGAAAAGGGGACGUGACUGGUUUAGUUUUAUUGCUGUGCCUGUAUGAUGGGAAACGUUUUUUUGCCUGCCUUUUCUCCUUUAAAAGGACCCUCAUCUGACCAGGGGCCAAUUCAUUUUUAUUAAGACCAAACAUCAUUAUCAGGUGUCCGAUCAUUAUAUUCUGGUCAUCAGGCGGAUGCUGAAAACCUUUGGCAAUAGCAUCUGUACUUGAUCAGAUCCCAAAAAAGAAUGUUUUCUAGAGUUCCAGAAUUGGUUGAUGAUUACUUGUUAAGAACAGAAAAAAAAACAGGGAGCGAUUAAGUUGAAUUCCGUAAUAAGGUGUCAAGUUCCAGGGGAAAAAGGGACAGGUUCAUGUUUAUCAUCAGUUUAUUUCAUGCCAUUGUCUCUCUCAUCCAUCUCUGAGUCUUAGUGUUUGUUUUUUCAUUAAAAACCAUUCCACAAAAAGGAGCUUUAUAAAAGUAAAAACCCUGUUCUUUCUAUUUCUGUCAUUUAGAUUCUAUUUAUUUCCUAUUUCUUGAAAAAGAAUACAUUUUGAAUUUUGUAGUAUUUUGUUAUUCAUAAAGUUGAUAAAGUUGACCAUAACUGUCGUUUCAUUAACAGGGAAAUGGAAACUGCUUCAUGAAAUGGAAAAUAAACUCUUGAUUUGAAAUUCA